GAUUCCCUUAUCAGUUGGGUUCUUACCGCUGCUCUGCAACUCUGAAGGGCCACUGAGGAGACCACAUCGAGAAAAGGAUGACCCUAAGCAGAGUUCUGAUUCUGGGGACUCUUGCCCUGACCACCAUGAUGAGCCCUGGUGACAGUGAAGACAUUGUGGCUGAUCAUGUUGGCUCCUAUGGCAUAGAAGUUUACCAGUCCUAUGGCCCCUCUGGCCAGUUCACUGAAGAAUUUGAUGGAGAUGAGUUGUUCUAUGUGGACCUGGAGAAGAAGGAAACUGUCUGGCGGCUGCCUGUGUUUAGCACAUUUUCAGGUUUUGACCCACAAAAUGCAUUGAACGAAAUAGCUACAUCAAAACAAGGCUUGAACAUCCUGAUUAAACGCUCCAACUAUACCGCUGCUACCAAUGAGGUUCCUGAGGUGACGCUGUUUCCCAAGUCUCCUGUGAUGCUGGGUCAGCCCAACACCCUCGUCUGUCUGGUGGACAACAUCUUUCCCCCUGUGAUCAAUGUCACGUGGUUGAAGAACAGGCACUCAGUCACAGAGGGUGUUUCUGAAACCAGCUUCCUCGCCAAGAAGGAUCAUUCCUUCUUAAAGUUCAGUUACCUCACCUUCCUCCCUUCUGCUGAUGAUAUUUAUGACUGCAAGGUGGAGCACUGGGGCCUGGAUGAACCACUUCUGAAACACUGGGAACCUGAAAUUCCAGCCCCUAUGUCAGAGCUGACAGAGACCGUGGUCUGUGUCCUGGGGUUGACUGUGGGCCUUGUGGGCAUCGUGGUGGGCACCAUCUUCAUUAUCCAAGGCCUGCGCUCAAGUGGUGCUUCCAGACAUCAAAGACCCUUGUGAGCCACACCCUAGGAAGGAAGGAGCACCGCAUGCUCACCGACCAGAGCAGAAGAGUGGACUUCAUAGGUGACCUAGCACUAUUGACUGGCUAAGUUUGUCAUAUUCCUUCUCUGUCCAACGUUGCCCCUCUCACUUCUUCUCUAGGAUUUAAGGUCCAGCUACAUCCUCUGAGAGCUCCCAUACCCUUUGGAAUUCUGCCCCUUGAAUGCCUGAUUUUUUUUUUUCUUUUCUCAAUUUUUAUCUACUGUGAGAUCUCUGGGAUAUUCCACCCAGUUACCUGCUUCUUUGUAACCCUGAUCCAGAACUCCCAUGGAAAUAAUAAAUUUCCCUUUAGAUCUCCUAAUAAAAUUUUCCUUUCUUUCAUCUCAGAA